GGGAACGCAAGCUGAGACAGUGAAGUGGAGCUCAGGAGUCGAGAUCUCAGACAUGGCGGCAACGAAUGAAGCAAAAAGUAAGAGCAAUUCUGUUGUGGAUGAUCUUCUCCAGUUCUUAAACGCUUCGCCAACUGCUUUCCACGCCGUUGAUGAGGCAAAGAAGCGUCUGCGAAGUGUUGGAUAUGAACAAGUAUCUGAAAGAGAGGACUGGAAAUUAGAAGCUGGAAAGAAGUACUUCUUUACCAGAAACCAUUCGACCAUCGUUGCCUUCGCGAUUGGUAAAAAAUAUGUUGCUGGGAAUGGAUUUCAUAUUGUUGGUGCUCAUACCGACAGCCCUUGUUUAAAACUGAAGCCUGUGUCUAAGGUAUCCGUUCAUUUUUAUAUGAUACUCCCCACCAUGUCUUGCCGCUCAGUACUCUUUAAUCUUGUGCAGGUAACAAAGGGUGGUUAUCUGGAAGUUGGCGUUCAAACAUAUGGGGGUGGAUUGUGGCACACAUGGUUUGAUCGUGACUUAACAGUCGCAGGAAGGGUGGUUAUAAAGGAACAAAAAAAUGGUUCUGUAUCAUAUAUUCAUCGACUUGUUCGAGUUGAGGAUCCCAUAAUGAGGAUCCCCACACUAGCGAUUCACUUGGACAGGGGCGCGGAUGGAUUUAAGGUCAACACACAGAGUCAUCUUCUCCCAGUCUUGGCAACAAGUAUUAAGGGGGAAUUGAAUAAAGUUGUUACCAAGAAUGAUGCACAAGACGAUGGAGAGACAACAGAAUCGAAGUCAAGUCCUAAUAACUCAAAGCAUCACUCGCUUCUAUUACAGCUACUUGCUAAUCAGCUUGGCUGUGAACCAGAUGACAUAUGCGAUUUUGAAUUGCAAGCCUGUGACAUGCAACCAAGUUUGGUUGGUGGUGCCCAGAAGGAAUUCAUUUUCUCUGGAAGGCUCGAUAAUUUAUGCAUGUCAUUUUGCUCUUUGAAGGCGCUGAUUGACAGUACAUCUUCUCAAACAAGCCUUGAGCAUGAGACUGGUGUCAGAAUGGUGGCCUUGUUCGAUCAUGAGGAGGUUGGAUCUAAUUCAGCCCAGGGAGCUGGUUCUCCAGCCAUGCUUAAUGCUUUAUCACGAAUUACAAACUCCUUCAGCUCAGACUCUUCGCUUAUUGAGAAAGCUAUCCAGAGAAGUUUCCUGGUCUCAGCUGAUAUGGCGCAUGCAUUACACCCUAAUUAUAUGGAUAAGCAUGAAGAAAAUCAUCAGCCCAAGUUGCACGGUGGGUUGGUCAUUAAGAGCAAUGCAAAUCAACGAUACGCAACCAAUGCAAUCACUUCGUUCAUAUUCAGGGAAUUGGCUGUGAAUCAUAACAUUCCUGUUCAGGAUUUUGUGGUUCGUAAUGACAUGGCUUGUGGUUCAACCAUCGGCCCCAUUCUUGCAAGCGGUGUAGGUAUACGAACAGUAGACGUUGGAGCACCACAGCUAUCAAUGCACAGUAUUCGGGAAAUGUGUGCUACAGAUGAUGUCGACCACUCAUAUGAGCAUUUUAAGGCCUAUUACGAAGAGUUCUCUAAUCUUGACCAGAAGAUCACAGUCGAUAUGUAGAAUGGUAUUCAUCGUCUUCUCAGGUAUUUUCCAAUAAACCGACUGUAGGGUGUUCCUGUGGCGGCCACCUAGUUGUUGGCACAAUGUACUCAUUUAUACCGUUAUUAUGGUUAUGUUUCUGUGUCACACUUGUCUAACGAGUUACAACAUGAAACAUCAAUAAUACAACAUUUCCCCCACGGAUAUUUUUGUUAACGAA